AUGGCAAGGAGAUUCCUCACGCCCGACGCCGCCGCGCCACCGCCGGCAACGGACGGCACCCCUCCGGCGCCGCACAUGCAGUGGAACCUGCACGGGUCGGCCGCGAAGGUCGCCGUCGCCGGGAACGUCGUCGUCGCGGUGCUCUUCUUCGCCGCCAUCGUCUGGCGCAUCUUCUUCUGGGGAAGAGGCCAGGGCCAGGACGGCGCCGCCGUCGCUCCGCAGGCGCGGGAGGCAGGCGGCGGCGCCGCAGCCGGGGCGUCCUCCUCGGCUGCCAGCACGCCGGGCGCGUCGCCGCGGGCGCCGGGCGGCCUGCGGAAGGACGACCUCCUGGCGCUGCCGGCGUACGUGCACGGCUCGUCCCCGGACCCGGAGGAGGGCGGCGAGACGAAGGUGGAGUGCGCGGUGUGCAUCAGCGAGCUCAGGGACGGCGACACCGCCCGGAUCCUGCCGCGGUGCGGGCACCGGUUCCACGCCGAGUGUGUGGACAGGUGGUUCCGGUCGCACGUCACCUGCCCGCUCUGCCGCGCCGUCGUGGCGGACGGCGGCUCCGGCGAGUCAUGCCCCAAGAUAUGA